CUUUCUCCCUCCUCUCAACAACUCAUCUUUCCACUCAUACAACUCCAUAUUUCCUUUCAUAACCAGUCAUCCUUUCUCUCUCUACCUCAUUCAAUCCCACAACAAACUCUACACAUCUCUCAUCUACCCAAAGAUCAACGAUACGUCAUUCAAAGAUGAGUUUCAAACCUCCUCAAGGAUUAACGAAAUUCCUCGCUUCGGACAAUUUACCAACUUGGUUCCCUCUACAUCAUUUCAACGAACCUAGAGGGAAUUAUAAAACAGGUUUGGAAUUGAUAGAUUUCAAACAACCGAGUUUGUGGUUGGCGGGAGGGAUGAUUUUGUUUAAUCCUAUUUUUUGGAAUUUGGUAGCUAGGAAUGAAUAUCAUAAUAAAACAUUGACCAAAUUAUCUGGAUCUGCUCAGAAUGGUUGUUAUUUACUCGCUUUCAACAUUUUCUCACUUGGUAUCUUACGUGAUGCUCUCGUUGAAAAAGCAUUACGGGAGCAGCCUCAAAUGGCCGUAUUGGCUCAUUUUGGUUUCAAAAUAUCAGGAUGGACGUUAUUACUCGUCGGACAGGUUUUAGUGAUUACUUCUAUUUAUGCUUUGGGUAUAACAGGAACUUACCUCGGCGACUAUUUCGGUAUACUCAUGUCGCACCGCGUUACCAAUUUCCCAUUCAAUAUCCUCUCUGAUCCGAUGUAUGUCGGCUCUUCUCUUGCUUUCCUCGGAGGUGCCUUUUUAUACCAAUCUCCCGUCGGAAUCCUUCUCGCUGGAUUCAUCUGGACAGUCUAUAGCGUCGCUCUGAAAUUCGAAGGUCCAUUCACGGACAAAAUCUAUUCAGCGAAACAUAAAAAAUCCACCGCUUCAGCUCCACCUACUCCGUCGAGGAAAUCAGCACGUAUCGCUUCUCAAACCCAAGCCAGUGCGCAGAACUCUGAUGCGAGUGGAGCGGAGGACAAACCUACUACGACACCGAGGAGACGUAAGAUCGGAGAGUUGAGAGCUGUGGACAGUCCUGCUCGAGCGACGAGGAGCAGAAGCAAAGGGUCGGAUUUGGAGUGAUGGCGUCGUGGGAUAAGCCGUUCAUCUGAAUCGAUGAGUGAGGUGGGGUGGUCAUGAGAUGGUGAGUAGGUAUAAUGGCGUAGUUGAGGAGUGAAACAGUUGUUGGGUGGGUGGCGUAGGAAUAUGUGGAGUGAGAAUAGGGAGAGUAGAGUAGAGUAGGAAAGAACGAGGGGCUGGGAGGAAAGCCUCGGUAUAAAAGCGGUGAAAGACUGCAAUUUAUACCCUUUAGGAAGUAGACAUUACCAGAUAUCAUGAUACCCUGUUUAUAUUGCGACUUUUCUCUUUCGUGUGAU